AUGGCUGCAGCGCGUCGACACUCCUCCGUGCAGAUUUUUCAGGACCCCGUACUCCCUCACGACCACCACCCGUCCAGCCAGCUCGACCCGCGCUACCCGGACCAGUUCGUCUCCGUCACCGACGUGUCGAGCGACUCCCACACCCUCCUCGCGCCCCCGGCCUCCUUUAUCGACGCGCAUUCACCCCGGAAGACCCGCCACGUCUCUAGCUCACCCCCACCCCAGGCCCUCGCCGAAAAGGGCAUCAACGGCAUCUCGAUCCCACCACCCAUGGAGCACCAGUGGACCGACGCGCCGUUGAAGAAGACAUUCACAUCACAUCCCGAGCAACCACACAGCAUGACCAGCAUGCAGUACUGGAACACAUAUCCCGCCGGCAUGGAUAAAGAGAACGUCUACUCCUAUCCCGACCCACCCAUGUCCGCUAUGGCCGCCGCCGCACCCCCGAUCAAGCACAGCCUGAAGCGCUCCUUCUCAGAUGUGGUACCCGCAGCACCACUACGCGACCGCAGCAAGAAGCAGAAGACCAAGGAAGUCAAGGUCGAAGAGGCGGAAGGCCCGCUGCCCGAGCCCGACGAGAUGCCCGCUGUGGAGGACGACGGCGCCAAGCCCUCGUACAGCUACGCGAUGCUCAUCGGCAUGGCCAUUCUACGCGCACCCGCCCGCCGAUUGACCCUCGCCCAGAUCUACAAGUGGAUUUCAGACACAUUCGCCUUCUACCGCAACUCCCAAGAGACGGGCUGGCAGAACAGCAUCCGCCACAACCUCAGCCUGAGCAAGUCGUUCUCUAAGCAGGAACGACCCAAGGACGAUCCCGGAAAGGGCCACUACUGGGUUAUCAACUCCGGCUUCGAGAAACAGUACCACAAGGUCAAGCCAGUUCGCCGACCUGCCCAGCCAGAGAGCUUUAUGUCGGCAUACCCCGGAGAAUUUCCUCGCCCAAACACGUCAGCAUCCGUCAGCUUCCCGCCCAUGAGCUCUGCAAAGGGAUUCGAUUCAAGCAAGUUCCCUGAAGAGCCCGAGCUGCCUUCGUCGGAUGCGACCAUCCCGAACUCAGAUCCUGCCGCCCACGAUGGCCAUGAUCCUCUCAGCAUGCCCCCACCGCGCCAGAUCCCCUCUUCACCUCCCCCAGCCGACAUCCACUCCUCACCGCCUCCACCCAUAUCGCGCUCGCGUUCCGCUCGAGAGGACACGCCACCGCGUGCUCCCCGCCUCCACUCCAACAGUCGCUCUCUUGGUGGACGCAAGCGCAAGUUCAACGGUCUUGGUGACAGCGGUUACUACUCAUCCAUCGAGUCGUCUGCGACCAAGGGCCAGGCACUCGGGACCCCUGCUCACCUCCGGAAGCUGAUCUCGAUCGUCCGAUCAAGCGCGGUCGUGCUGAAGAGGAAAUUGCGCGGUAGUCCGCGGCUCAUAACCUAUGACUCACCUACUAAGACUCGGCCCUUCAUGAAGCAGCCUAGUAAUGGCAGUCUGAUGUCCUCGCCGUUCCGUUCCAACCCCAAGCUCGGGGGACCACUUACCCCUGCCGUGGUCUCAAGCGUCCAGCUCUUCCGCUGCUUCGGCCUCGCCCAAAUACCAACCUGCGCAACCAUCGCAACAAGAUGCGAGAGCUCGUUGGCGAGUUCACCUGACAAGAGCCUCGACAUCCCGGCUGUACAGAUCCCCAACGAGGAGCACGUCAACCUGGUCGGCUCUGGCUUCGAUAACACCUUCGACAUCUUUGGCGACUUCCCGUAUAACGAGAGCCCCAUCAAGCGCAGCGCUAAGCGACCGAGGCUUGUACUCGCUGACAUCACCGGCGCCAAGGCCAAUGUGAACUCUCCCACACCUAACUGGAAGAUGGCAUCCUCUUUCCUCAACAUUCCCAACCUAUCUCCUAUCAAGGGUCUGUCACCACUCAAGGCCCCGCAGCUGAAGUCAUCAACCUCCAACCUUGCCCACGGCUUUUCUCUCCCUGGUCCUGGCAAAGAGAAUGGCCAAGCUAGCAUGUCGUCCGCCAAGUCCUUCGGUGCCACAUCUACCCAACAGAACCAACAUCAACAGGAGGAUGACGACAUCUUCCACCUCCUUCACAGCGACGAGUCUGAGCCUGGCAUUGAUCUUCUCCAAGGCUUUGAGAAGAUUGGCGCCCGACCCUCUGCCGUCGCCGCAAACGGAUCUCCUCAGAAAGUGUCUGGCCGCCCUGGUCUAGCACGCAGCACCACAUCUCGCUUCUAG